ACGCGCAUGCGCCGCGUGACGUCCCAGCGUCCACGGAAGGCGGCGGUGCCGCCUGAGCUCUGCCGCGCUUGCGCAGUGCCCAGACGCGGGCGUUUCUUUCCUUUUUCUUUGCCCCCUCCCCCCGGAAUUGAUUUUAAGCUUAGAUGCGAGUUACAAAAUGGCGGUGCGGAGCGCGCUCGUGGCCGGUCCCCCAGCGAUCUGCGUCUGAGCGGCCGUCCGGCCCCCGGGGACAUGGUGUUUGAGACCCCAGGCCUGCCGACCAUCAAGUCCUCCCAGGCUCCCAGCGCCCCGGAAGCGCCCGGCCGCAGCCGCGGACUCGCGUGCGGACGCCGCCGAGCUGCGGCGGCCUCCGGGAAGAUUCGAAAAAAUGGCCAAAAGAAUUGCCGAGAAGGAGUUGACAGAUAGGAACUGGGAUCAGGAAGAUGGUGCUGAAGAGGUGGGAACAUUCUCGGUGGCCAGUGAAGAAGUAUUGAAGAGCCGAGCCAUAAAGAAAGCCAGGCGCAGGCGUGUUGGGUUUGAAUCCGAUAGUGGAGGGGCCUUUAAAGGUUUUAAAGGUUUGGUUGUGCCUUCAGGAGGAGGAGGGUUUUCUGCAUUUGGCUGUGCUGGAGGGAAGCCUCUGGAAGGAUUGUCGAAUGGAAACAGCUCGCCCAGUGCCCCUUCCUUGGGCAGUGCCAGGGCGGCGGCAGAACCCAAGGCGGCCUUUGGUUCUUUUGCUGUAAAUGGCCCUGUAAAAAUGGAUACAAACGUGUCCGACCCCAAGGCCAAUGGCAGAGGCGCGCAGCCCUCCUCCUCCUCCUCGUCCUUCUCCUCCUCCUCCUCCAGCUCCACCAAAGCUGGCACCGGGAGUGCCUACCGAGAGCAGCUGGCGUCCCUCAACUGCUCGGUGCGGGACUGGAUCGUGAAGCACGUGGACACGAACCCCCUCUGUGACCUGACGCCCAUCUUCAAGGACUACGAGAAGUACCUGGCGGCCAUCGAGGAGCAGCACGAGAGCAGCAGCAGCAGCAGCCAUUCGGAGAGUGACGCCGCGGGUGGGUCGCUGCACGCCCCGCCCCCUCCCUCGUUUGGGUCAGCGAAACUACAGCAGGAGGGCACGUUUCUGUUGCACAGCAGUCAGACUGAGACCACAUCAGAAAAGAAGAGGGAGGCUGCGUCGGAAAAGAAAGUCGAGCCGGGACAAGGAGCAGCAAGUGCCUCAUUCAACGUCGGCAAGCAAGUCGGUAGCUCGGUUCUGGGCUCGCUGAGCUCUGGGCCCCUCACUGGAUUUUCAUUUCCCCCUGGAAACUCCGGUUUUUUUAGUAAAGAUACUACUCAGAGCCAAUCGGUUUCUUCGCCAUUUCCUGCUAAAACCUCCGAGAGCCCGACGGAAGGCGGCGUUAGUCAUGAAUGCAAAGGUGGGGACGAGGAGGAGAGUGACGAGCCCCCCAAGGUGGUGGUGAUUGAGGUGAAGGAAGAAGAUGCUUUCUACUCCAAAAAGUGUAAACUAUUUUACAAGAAAGACAAUGAAUUUAAAGAGAAAGGUGUGGGCACCUUGCAUCUAAAGCCUACAGCAAAUCAAAAAACGCAGCUACUAGUGCGGGCCGAUACCAAUCUAGGCAACAUACUGCUCAACGUCCUGGUCCCACCCGGCAUGCCAUGCUCCCGGACAGGGAAGAACAACGUGCUGAUCGUCUGCGUCCCCAACCCUCCGCUUGACGAGAAGAACGCCACUGCCCCCGUCCCCAUCUUGAUUCGGGUAAAAACAAGCGAGGACGCCGACGAAUUGCACAAAAUCCUACUGGAGAAGAAGGAUGCCUGAGCACCGAGUGUGCCGAGAGCCGCCACGCCGCUGCCUCCCCGCCACCCCGCCACCCCAGCCUCGCUUUCCUUCCUACUUUGACAUUCUAAGGACUUCUAGACAACUUAAAACUUUUGUGAGGAAGAUUAAGGCCAAUAAAACCUUUCAAAGUUAAGUGUCAAACAACUAUUCUCCCUUCUUAAGAACCAAUUGCAAAAUACUUUGGGAAUUUUGGGGAGAUUUUUUUUUUUAAUGUUCACUUAUUGAUUAAACUAAGCAUAAGUGAUUUCUUGAUGGACUGGGAUCAGGGUACCAGUUAGCUCCUUCUGAUAAUCCGGUGAGGCCUCCGUGGCGGCCUUCUGCCCACACCCCUUGCCCCUCUGAACGGACUCGGCCAGGCGCUGUGUCAGGUGCUGUCCGCUGCUUCGGUCUGCUGCUGUCCACUGCGCUGUGGGUCUCUGCACUGCGGAGCUGGUCACCUGCCGCGGGCAGACGCUGCCCUUCACCCUGCGAUCAACCCUGCUUUACCAGAAUCCAGGCACGGCUGCUUCGUUGUAAAAAGGGUGGAAGUGAAGGAGGCCAGAGUGUUCUAGGGUGGUGCUGUUUUUGUUUUUGUUUUUUGUGAGGUGUUGUCACUUCAGCCCUGAGACAGUCUGGAAGGGAGGGACGCCAGGAAUGGGUUUUUAAAAGCACAAAUUUGGUAUCUUAUUAUUUCUAGACCAUGAAAAAAACCCUUAUGAAGGAGAGUCAGUGUGAAACCGCAUUAAACAGGAAGUGGGGCGCACAGCCAUUGUACCGUGGGCCCCGUGGACGUACACAGGAGCCAUUGAAUUCGCCAGCAGACCGAGGACGAUGGGAAGGAAGAUUGUGGGAUUCUGCCUUUAGCUUAGCAGUCUGGUACGCAUUUGCUAUCUGACUGACACCUUACUUUAAAAGUGAGAUACUCAGGAGCCCGUUUGGACAAAAGCCAUGUGAAGCACAGUGGCUGGCUGGCAGCACUGCCGUCUGCAGAUGGUACAGAGCUGAGACUAAGUGUGUGUCCCAGUUGGUUGCCAUGCCAGGCCGGCUCCAGAUCUUUCAAGCCCGGCCGGUGCCCAGGGGUUCAUAACCUGCACGCUUGCCUCUCUGCUAUAUCGUGAUCCUACGGGAGAGCCAGCAGAGUGGCUGGAGGGGGUGGUGGCUUUUUGGAACUGCAGUCUCUUGAUGUAAGCUGUGUGGAGUGUUAGGAUGGCACCUGGUUAACUUCAGAUGGAAGGUCAUGGGACACGGCCAUCAUGGGAUUGUUAUGUUGCUUGUGCUGGUUCUGAGCCCAGUGUGAGAGUUUGGCAGUGUGUAGCUUUGGUAAGUAGGACAUGGUCCAGGUCUUAGCUCUGGUGUUUUGCAUUUACAUUGUAGAACUGAGAGUGCUUAUGACUCGGUUAGUAGAUUUACAGUAAGGAAGUGGUCGAUAGGAUAAAAAUAGCAAUGGCCCGGUCCUAUUCACAUUAGAGAGAUUCAUCUAACAUUUUUGUGUGUGCUAAUACUGGGACAUGAACUCAGGACCUGAGCACUGACCUUUAGCAUUUUUACGCUCUACCAUUUGAGCCACAGCUCCAUUUCCAGCAGGGUUUUUUUUUUUUUUUGUAUUGUUUUUGGUCAUUAGAGAUGUCUCAGAUUUUCCCGCCCAGGCUGACUUUGAACCAUGAUCCUCAGAUCUCAGCCUCCUGUGCCUGGCCUGUAACUUUCUCAAAGAGGAAGGGAACACAGAACAUUACAGCUUAGCCACACAUGCGUGUGUCACGCUUGCUACCCUGCGUAUGCAGUAUUUACAGAAAACAAUAUGGGAAGGUUAUGAUUGGAUUUCUCCCCUUACCUCCCCCCCCCUCCAAGGUUAUUUUUAAAUGGCUGGAUAUGUGGUUUCCCUUUUUCCUGACAUUCCCUGCAAAUGUUUGCUGCUAAGAUUAUCACUGUUGAGGUGAAAAUUACAGGGGAAAAUGUGAUCUGUAUACCAUAAUUGACAAUGUGACAUUUCCUUGAUCUCUGAUGCUUUAGGAACUUGUUGCUCUCUACCCAUAUGAGAGUCUGACUGUGUGCAUUUGGUUGUAAUUGUAUCUCGUUACUUGGGGAAGGUGCAGGGCACCGUCUGUGUUCCCCAUCUUUGUGAGCCGUGAAUUGACUCUCAUAGUGAUGUUAGUUUUAAUACAGUGGUAGAAAAUUUUAAAUGUCUAAUGUGAAGUGAAAUUUUACUCUUGGUUUAAAGGUCUCUGAGUUGUGACAUGGAUUUGGUCUAAGGUGAGUUUUUGUUCUGUUGGGUUUUUAUUCUGAGUGGAACUCCAUCCUCACAAUACUAAGUGUCCCUGUGGCCUUUCUUUCCAGAAGCAGGCAUCAGCGUUUCUGUUUGCACAUUCCCAGGAAGCAAAAAAAAUGAGUUCUGCUGUCUUCCUUUUUAGCAUCAACACUGGAAACAUGUCCAGGGUUUUUAAAGGACUUUAGAUUGUGUUUUACCUAGAGAUGCUAGUCAGACCGUCCGUGGAUUGCUUUUCUUCAGGACGGUUAUUCUGUUCUACAAUCUCAAUUCUAAAUCAUAUUUUUAUAUGCUGCAUGCCAAAAAAUAAUUUAACAAACUACCUGUUGUAGGUGGAGAGAAACAAUUCACCUACUGCUCUUAGAGCUGAGAGACAUAUUCACUGAGCGCCUUCUCCAUGUGGUUAAAGGUAACAGGUUUGUUCUGAGCAUAUCAGGCAAAUAGUUCUGGAGUCACUAGCCUGAUGCCCUUAGAAACCCACUCUGGACCUUAGUCUCCUCAUUCUGAAAGUGGGAAUUGUAACAACAGACCAGUGGCACAGAGCUUGUGUACGGUCAGAAGCUCCUCCAAAAUGGGCAGGUUUCCGAGCCUGCGCGCUGAGCACAAGGCCCCUAGCCGCAUGCUCUGGCCAAGUGCUGUGGUGGUCGGCACCAAGGACUGUCCAUUCCAUGCAGAUGCAAUUGUAAGGGAAGCAUACAACUUCUCCACAAGCAAAUGGAUUAAUUGCUGGCUUUUUAAAUAGGAAAUCGCUUUCUAAAACUAAAACAACUUGAAUUGUCCACCAAUAAAAUCUCAGUUUGUGUUAGUUUUUGAAUGAUCCUAUUGAGAAGUGUAACAAUCCGUCAAUGUGAAUAAAUGGGAAGUAAAGAAAUCA